UUGACUCCACUCUACCAUUACCGCACCACCUAGCUCCCUCGUCCUCUCCGCACGCCAACACAUUCACUCGUUUGUUAAGCUUCCCACCGAGCUUGCUGGCCGAUCGGUCGCCGACAUGAGGAGGCAGAAGCGGUGGUCUCGCGCGGCCGUCGUCGCGUGCCUAGCGGUGCUCCUCACCGCCGCGUGCGCCGAGUCGUCGUGCCAACCGGGCAGGCGGCUGCUGGCGGCGUCGUGGGAGGAAGCGGCGGCGACAGGCGUGCGCUCGAGCGAGAGCGGCGACGCUGACGACGGCCCGCGGAGGAGCGCGUUCGACAUGGUGGUGGAGGGGCUCGUCAGCAUCGGGCUCGGCCGGCGGUGGCGCGCCGGCGGCGACCCGCUCGUCGACCAAGACAAGCGGCGCGUGCCCACGGGGCCCAACCCGCUGCACAACAGAUGA